AUGGGGCUCUGCUUACGAUGCGGCGAAAAGGGGCAUUUCGCAGCGGAGUGUACCGGGUCGACUCUUAAAGACAAGCAAGGCUACUCCUCCUCCGAAAAAGGGCACGCUUUUUCCUUUACAUGGUUUUUAAGUGUCAUCCAUGACAAGUUUAGAAAAGGAAGGAUUAAUUUUGAAAGUACCUUGGAAUUGCUUACCAAAUUUGACAUCCCUUUUGAUUAUGUUCAUGUAAAGUACAUUUUUAAGGCAAGUGAUACACUGAAGACUGGACAUAUUUCGUUGGAGGAUUUUAGAGGAAUUUAUCGGACUAUAGCGCACAGAUGUGAAAUUCAUGAACUCUUCAAAAGUCACUCUCCGAACAGCAAAAUUCUGCAACUAUCAGAUCUGGUUCAGUUUCUUAGAAAUCAGCAAUUUCAGGAGGACGCUAAUGAAACAGCGGCUUCUGAUCUCAUUGCAAAGUUUGAGCCCAUUGAAGAAGCAAAAAAGAACAGAGAGAUGACGUUUGAAGGAUUUCUCAGAUACAUGAGCUCUGAGGACUGUGCGCUAUUUAAAAAAGAACAUCGAGUGGUUUACCAGGAUAUGACCCGUCCAUUAUGUGAAUACUUUAUUGCAUCCUCGCAUAACACCUACCUCAUAUCUGACCAGCUAAUAGGGCCAAGUCACCUGUGGGGCUAUGCCAGUGCGCUAAUGAAAGGCUGCCGUUGCUUGGAGAUCGACUGCUGGGAUGGUUCGAACGACGAUCCAGUCGUUUAUCACGGACACACGUUAACGAGCAAAAUCAGUUUUAAGACGGUCAUCCAGGUGAUCAGCAAGUAUGCCUUUCUGGCCUCUGAUUAUCCCGUUAUAUUGUCUUUGGAGAAUCACUGCAGCACCAAACAGCAGGAAGUAAUGGCAGAUUAUAUGAAAACUAUCCUGGGCGACAGGCUGGUUACUUCUACAAUUGAUGGCAAGAUGCCGACUGAAUUACCUUCCCCCGAGGCCUUAAAAUUCAAAAUAAUCAUCAAAAAUAAGAAACUUGGGACACCCGAAGAAACUCUCGAACGAACGGGCACAGACAUCCACGGUCAGACCGGGGAAUUCGAGGAGCUGCAAACCUCGGAUGAUGAAGUCGAUGACGAACCUUCCGCCAAGAAGCCCUUGCUUAAAAAGAGACAGGCAUCUUGGAAAGGGGCAGGUCCUCCCCGGAAGAAACAAAAAAUGAAGAAAGUGAAGCUUGCCCUGGCUCUCUCAGAACUUGUGAUUUAUGCCAAAUCUCGGAAAUUUGUCAGCUUUGAAGACUCAAGAGAGAAGCAGAAGUUUUAUGAAAAUCACUCCAUGAGUGAGGGGAAAGCACGAAAGGCGGCAAAAACACAAGCUACUGAAUUUGUCCAACACAACGUCAGAUUUAUUACAAGGAUAUACCCCAAAGGGACACGGGCAAACUCCUCCAAUUACAAUCCUCAAGAAUUCUGGAAUGUCGGGUGCCAGCUAGUGGCCUUAAAUUUCCAAACACCUGGAGUACAAAUGGACCUUCAAAAUGGGAAAUUUUUGGACAACGGUGGUGCCGGUUACAUAUUAAAACCAGAAUUCCUAAGAUAUGGAGAGACACUGUUUACCCCGUAUAGUAUAACUGGGAACCACGGUGCCAUUUCGCUUACAAUAACGCUCAUCAGUGGCCAUCAACUACCCCCUAGUAACCUCUCCCGGACCAAUAAAGCAGAUCCCCUGGUGGUCGUUGAAAUUCAUGGUGUUCCCGAAGACCAGAUGAAACAACAGUCUUGUGUAGUAAAGGGCAACGCUUUGUGUCCCAGGUGGAAUCAAACGCUCAGUUUCCACGUCCGAGUUCCAGAGCUUGCGUUAGUACGCUUCGUCGUAGAAGAUCAGCUGUCCCUCACUUCCAAUGACUUCCUCGGCCAAUAUACUUUGCCACUUUUAAGCAUGAACAAAGGGUACCGCCAUAUCCCGCUUCUUUCCAAACUGGGCGUCAGCUUGAGCCCCGCUUCGCUUUUUGUGCAUGUUUG